CUUCGUCAUGUCAAAAAAAAAAUGAGACUUCAGAGAGCGCUUUUUGGGGUUUGGGCGUGACCCAUCGUCGACGGGAUGGUCCUGCUGCCACAUGCUGGCUAAUCUCGUUGGCGCAUCUUGGCUUGCUGCACCUUGCCUUGUCCAAGAACGCCCACAAGCAAGCCAGCAAGCCAGCCUCAUGGGUCGUGGCCCUCCUUGGGUGCCAUCUCUACGCCUUGUCCUAGAGAUGCGGCUUAACGAUGAUGACGCCACUGCGCCUAUUCAUAUUUCACUGGCAGACGAAUUCCCUCCGGCAGCCGAGAGAAGCUGCCUCAACAUGGAUAUGGCAUCUUUUGGCGGCAAGUCUUUGAGGCAUCGGGUCCCUUACCCAGCAUCCCAACUCUGCCAGUCCAGCCCGGCCCCAACAAAAUUGAAUCGUCUCAAGUGCUCCUUUCUCAAACUGUAUGUUCCCUUGCGCAAGGGGCAUAAUCGAGGCUUCCAUACGGUUGGUCCGGCCUUCUCAUCCGCUUUCCCGACAAUUGUUUGUUCGGCAACGAUCCCCAGGCGGCAUUCACGUUUGACUUUGUUCAUGAUGGUGACGGUCACGGGUCACGGCACCUCUACAACGGUCUAUCGACAGCCAAAUGCUUGGCUCGCUCGACUAUUAUCGUGGGCAGUGCUGCUUGACGGCCGCCUUGUACGGUAUGCGCAGUGGCCCUCGCAGUAGCCAAGGAGGCGGUCCUGGUGCAUCACCGUUUACCACCUCUCUGGAGCGCACUGUGUAGGAUCACCAAGGGCUCGAAAUCACACCAGGGGCGCCUCUCUAUGAAGCAUGUCUGAGGAAAACGGUGGGCAGCAAUCCGUCCCUACUGUGUGGCACUUUGCAAAAAUAACUCUGGGAGCAAGCAUACCCGCCUGGGGGUCGAUUCCCGCGAGGUUCCAGCUAUCGGAGUGAUAUGCUGUGCAAUGUUGAGGGACGGCUGCAUCGAGGGCAACAAUGGUAGCAAUUUGCGUAACCUGGCAUUCUGAUCCCCAGCACUGGAACGUACCAGGUACUCCGCAUGUCAUAGCUCCUCGCCGGAACCUCG